CGAUUAAAUAGAAAUAGAUCGAUGGCAACUCAUUCAAUAAUGUCUAAAUUUAUUAAUUUUAAAAUUUAGUGAUUGAAUUGUGAAGACUACGUGCAGCAGUCCUUGCUGGGUCUCUUUUUUUGGUUUUUUUUAAAAAAAAAAUAUAUAUUCCUUAUAUACUACAAGCGAAUGGGAUCAUCAAUGUUGUUUUCUGGGAACGUCUCUCUCAAAAAACACAACUUUACUUACUUAUAUUUUUUUGGAAUUUUCACCGUCAACUCUGUUAUUCAAACUCCGAUCCCAAUAUAUACUCUGUUACUUCCUAUGUCUCUGGUGAUCCUCUUAUGAUUUUUAAAAAGAUUUGAAGCCUGAUUGAUUCUUGAUCUUAUGUUUCUACAAGAAGAUGGCUACUAGACAAAUGUCUGCAGUCAAAUCACAGAUGGGUUCCCGGAGUUUCACUAGAGCUUUGGCUUUUGCCUUUAAUGAGUGGCUACUGAUGUUGAUGCUCUUUGUCAACUCCAUAUUCUCCUACGUGAUCGCUAGGUUUGCAGAUUACUCUGAGCUUCAGUCUCCAUGUUUGAUGUGUUCAAAUCUUGAUCAUAUUCUCGGGAGGACUAAACAUUUGAAGAAACCUCAUUGGGAUAUGAUCUGCUCUAAACACAAAUCAGAAAUCUCGUCGUUGGUUUACUGUCACGCUCAUGGGAAGCUUGUUGAUGUCCGGGGAAUGUGCGAGACUUGUCUUUUCUCCUUUGCUACAACCAAUAAGUCAAACGCUGAAACUUACAGAUUGUUGGUUGGUAAAUUGGGUGAUAAUUCUUACUUUGGAUCCAAGACUGAUCGAAGCACAAAUCCAAAUUGCUCUAAACUUACAGAUUGUACAUGUUGUAAUCAGCUUUGGGGGACUCAAACCGCUGCUGCUACUCAGGUGGCUGAACGAGAAAUGCUACCCAAGUUUGGUUUACUUAGUAAAGUGAGAACUGGGAAGCAGUCUACGCCCAAGAAAAGUGUCAGGUUCAAUCAUUUGCCUGAUGUUGGGUACACUGAGCUCAAGAUUCAUCCAGAUACUGAAUCAGAAGCUGUAUUUCCAGAUAAUGAACCAAAGCAAGAAUCUUCACUCAGUGAUAUGCCUCAUGUUGGGUUCAAUGAGCCCAAGAUUGGUUUGGUUGGUGUUUUGAGAACCGAGGAACAAUCUACACCCAAGAAAAAUGUUAGGUUCAAUCAUUUGCCUGAUGUGGGGUACUCUGAGCUUAAAGUUCAUUCAGAUACUGAAUCAGAAGCUGUAUUUUCAGAAGAUGAAGGUGUCAUCGUUAAAGAAGAGGGUCAUAAGUUUCAUACCGUGGAUCUUCAGACUCCUCCAAUUAUCACCUUGCCUUAUGAUUUGGCUACCGACAAGCUGCUGAACCUCGAUUUCCAUUUGGAGCCUCUGACCACUCAAAAUGACCAAGAGGAAGUUCAGUUGCAAGAGAUCAAUUGGAGAACUUAUUCCUCAUUUCCUAAGUUUAUUCCAGUUGAUGGUGUGCCUGAAACACCAGAGAAGGUGUUGAAGGAGGAAGAGAUCAUUUCUUCAGAUGAUCUUUUCUUAACAUCACGCGCCAAAGAACAUUUUGCAGCUGUUUCAAAGGAGAAAGAAGAGACAAUUCGCCUCCACGAUAUUACUUCAACACCAGAUUUCAUGGAACAUCCUGAGAAUGCCUCUGUAAUGGAGGAGACUGAGCUUCUUUGCCUUAAUGAUGUUACUUCAACAUCAUGCGCCAUGAAACAUUCUGAAGUUUUUCUAAAGGGCAAUGAAGAGCCAAUUCACGUCCAAGAUAUAUCUUUAACACCAGAGUUUAAGGAAAAUCCUGCACAUGCCUCUGUAAUGGAAGAGACUGAGCUUAUUUGCCUCAAUGAUGUUACUUCAACAUCACGCACCAUGGAACAUUCUGCAGCUGUUUUAAAGGAGAAUGAAGAACCAAUUCACCUUCACGAUACUACUUUAACAUCAGAUUCUAUGGAGAAUCCUGAAAAUGCUUCCUUAACGGAAGAGACUGAGCUUAUCUGCCUCAAUGAUGUUACUUCAACAUCACACACGAUGGAAUAUUCUGCAGCUGUUUCAAAGGAGAAAGAAGAGCCGAUUCACCGCCAAGAUAUUUCUUUAACGUCAGAUUUGAAGGAAAAUCCUGCAAAUGUCUCCUUAAAGGAAGAGACUGAGCUUAUUUGCCUCAAUGAUGUUACUUCAACAUCAAAGACUGCUGAAACUCCUGAAGAUGUCUUUAAAGGAAUUGAACUUAUGCCCCUCCAUGAUGUUUCUCUAGACGAGGUUCCUGAAUCACUCACUCCAAAUGAAACCUCUGUUGAGAUGUCGAGGGAGAGGGACACAGACCAAGCUGAUAUUACCUCCCUGGAAUCUGAAUAUAUAGUUGUACCAUCUCCAAAUUCCAUCGAAAACUGUGUAUCAGACAACAGGGAAAUGCAAGAGACAUCUCUUACAGGCUCUUUAUUGUCUGAAAUGGCUCCACGGAACGUCGCUUCUCACACACAAGCAGCUAUUAAUGAGUCAGAAUCUUCUUCAUUCAACUCAAUGUCGGUGGCAGCUGAAACAAACCAAUAUUCAGGGGAGUUACUGGAUCUUGCGGAUGCAUACAAUAUCGUUGUAGGUAAUGAGAGCAACAACGAUAGUAAUGGAAGAGAACAAAUAGAGAACUGGAUGAAGAAAGAUACAUCUAGAGUUAGCGAAGACCUGAAAGCACUUCUUACUCAAAUAUCAGCUUCUCGUGGGAUAGAGUUUUUGUCGCCAAGAGAUGUAAGCCCCAAGAUAUCUGUUAACAGUAGUGAUCAGGAUACAAAGAACCUAGAUCAUGAUAUGCAGCUGCUAAUUCAGAAGAGAAUGCUCGAAAGGAACGAGAGCAACUUAUCUUUGGAAGGAGUUUCUGUGAGUGAAAUCGAGGGAGAAAGUGAGAGUGAUCGGUUGAAAAGGCAGGUUGAUUACGACAGGAAACUGCUGACUGGUUUAUAUAAAGAAUUGGAGGAAGAAAGAAGCGCUUCAGCGGUUGCUACAAACCAAGCAAUGGCUAUGAUUACGAGGUUGCAGGAAGAGAAAGCGUCGUUCCAAAUGGAAGCUUUGCAGAACCUGAGGAUGAUGGAAGAGCAAGCGGAGUAUGAUAUGGAAGCAAUACAGAGAUUGAAUGAUUUACUUGUUGAGAGAGAAAAAGUUAUUCAAGAUUUAGAAGCUGAGAUUGAAUACUUCCGGGACCAGACCCCGCAGAAGAAGGAUAAGCUAGAUGUUGCAGAACAGGUCACUGAAAUGGAUUCGCCUAGUGAGGGAAUGAGCAACAAGAUACAGAGUUGUUUAGUUGGGUUUGAAGAAGAGAGAUUAUAUAUCACUAGUUGUUUGGAGAAGAUUGAAAACAGAGUAACUGGCGAGGCUCAUGGCGAUAAUCUACCAGCAGAAGAAUCUGUUUCUGAGCUACAGGAGAGAGUAGAGAGGCUGAAGGGAGAUUUAUACUUCCUAGAACAGGUUAUGAACUCUCUCGGGCACGGGAAUGAAGGCAUGCAAUUUGUCAAGGAAAUAGCUUCCCAUUUGCAAACUCUGCGGACUCUCAGCAUGAAAAGACAAGAACACACAGAGAGUUGAUGCCGCGUAACAACCUUCACAAAGAUUUAUUUGUGGAGAGGAUAUUGUAGAGGAAUCUAAAAGAAGUUCACGAGUGGUAAAAAAAAAGCUUAAAGAAAGUGUACAGAAUCGUCUUCAUGGCCUUUCCCUCUCGUAUACCGAAUUUUUUACAGUUUCAUUUUCGGGUUUGGUGUUCAUAAUUUCUUGUGGGGGUUGUCACAUUCUUUGUGUUUAUUUUACAUUUUUCUUAUAGAUUUUGAGUGAAGAGUGAAUGUGGGUUGUUCUGAAGUUCUCAUUUGAACUUCUUUUUUUUUUUUAGUUAGGUUGAUACUUUUGUUUAGCAUGUCAAAAGAGUCAUGCAACUUUGUUAAAAUUGUUGUACAUUUCUUGGUUAUACGGAUGUUAAAUUCAUAA